AUGUUGAGCAAGUUAUACAUUGGGAAUUUACCCUCUGACAUCGAUGAGUCAGAUGUCAGGAAAUUGUUUGAGGAUCAUGGAUUGAAUGUGGUUGGUGUUUUAGUGAAGAGAGCAGGCUAUGCCUUUGUGGAUUGCCCCGAUCAAAGUGCAGCAGAUCGUGCCAUUGACAAACUCAAUGGUGAGCGAUUGUUCUGUGUUCUGGCUUGCAGCAGCCCCGAGGACACGGGAGCACCAUCAUUGACGAAUUCCCCAUCCCCUCCUCUCACAUCCAUUGCCCUAUCCUCUGGAACGCUUACUUCUACCUCAUCCUUGUCCCAAAGCCCGACUGUGCACCCAAAACCCAUUCCUGCUAACCUAUUCCGCGACGGCGCCCACCGGACCAGCGGAGGAAAGGUACUUUUUCACAAUGUCGCUCCUCAUGUGAAUCUGGAUGACUUUCGUCGCUUCGUAGCCACUCUUGGGACAGUCACCGAGUGCGAACGCUUCCCUGGACGCAACGAUGCCGUUCUCGUUUCCUUUGAAACUUCCGAAGAAGCUCAGGAGGUCGUGAGUCAACUGGACAACUACGAGUACGAAAACUGUGCCCUCCACACAGAGCUCCUAACUGAGAUGUCGGGAGGUCAAGGGUCAACGGGAUCUGGUAACCAUCGAAACACUACAAAUCACGGUCAGGGUCGAGGGGGUGGAGGUCGAAUGGGGGGAGGUCCUCCAGGUGGAAGAAUGGGUGGUUCUGUUCCAGGUCCUAUGGGUCCUGGUCCUGGUGGUGCUGCUCCUCCGGCCAGACACACAGACUUCCCGCUCAGGAUCUUGGUCCUGGGAGAAAUGGUUGGUGCAAUAAUUGGUAGAGGUGGGAGCACCAUUCGACAAGUGACACAACAAACUAGAGCACGGGUGGAUGUUCAUCGUAAGGACAACACUGGAUCACUAGAGAAGGCCAUCACCAUCUAUGGCAACCCUGAGAAUUGUUCGGCUGCAUGCAAGAAGAUCCUUGAAAUUAUGCAACAAGAGGCUAACAACAUGAAUAAGGGUGAUGUGGUGCUGAAGAUCCUGGCUCAUAACAAUCUGAUUGGUCGAAUCAUUGGUAAGGGUGGCAACACCAUCAAGAAGGUGAUGGAGGACACCAACACCCGCAUCGCAGUGUCCUCCAUCAAUGAUAUCAACAGUUUCAACCUGGAGCGGGUGAUCACCAUCCGAGGGACCAUCGACAACAUGUCCAAAGCUGAACAGGUCAUCAGUGCCAAACUUCGCCAGAGUUAUGAGAAUGACCUCCAAGCCAUGGCUCCGCAGACAGUGAUGUUCCCUGGUCUGCAUCCCAUGGCGAUGAUGUCCACUCUGGGAUCUGGUUACCCUCCCCGACCAGGAGUGGGAAUGUAUGGUCCAUCGUCCGGCAUCCCUCCAUAUCCUCCGACAUACCCACCUCCUCCCAUGGCAGGUGGAAGUGGAGGAGGAUCCUUUCAGGCUCAGCAGCAGGAGACAGCAUGCCUGUACAUUCCCAACAGUGCAGUAGGAGCGAUUAUCGGAAGCAAAGGAAGCUAUGUGAGGAGCAUCAUGCGCUUCUCGGGAGCAUCAGUCAAGAUCCAACCCAUGAAUUCUGACUCACCACCGACAGUGGCCCCCCCUGCCUCCCCCCCCGACCCUACUUUUGAACGCAAGGUCACAGUUGUUGGCACACCUGAGGCCCAGUGGAAGGCUCAGUUCAUGGUAUAUGAGAAGAUGAGGGAAGAAGGAUUCUUCUCUGGGCUUGAAGAAGUACGCCUCACAGUCGAAAUCCUCGUACCUUCCAGUCAGGUAGGUCGGAUCAUCGGUCGAGGAGGUAAUAAUGUGAGAGAGAUGCAACGUAUCACAGGAGCAUUGGUUAAACUACCUGAACAAGGAGCUCAGACAUCGGAAGAAACUGCUGUCCUCAUCACAGGCUCUUUUUAUGCCGUGCAAAGUGCUCAACGACGGAUCCGUGCUAUGGUGGCGCCAGCAUACAGUGGAACGAUGCGGGGGAAUUCGGGUCGGGGGCAGGGAGGACCGGUACCCUCUGGUCCUAAGGCCCCUCAUUCUCACCCACAAUCUUUGCCGUCUGGAUCCGCUCCGGGUCCGAGCCCAGAUCCCCAGAGUUCCAGCCAGUGACCUUCACCCCAUCUUAUAGGACUUAAGUGUGCAACACUUCUUAUCAGGAACUGGAUCCUUUGCCUGCCUAUCAUUGACUUCUUCACGACGGAGUCUUGGCCGAGAUUACCUCCUCGACCGUGGCGUCAUUGCGGUCUUGCUCUGCGCUACCAAAGACUGCCAACGGUGUUUUUCUGUGCAAGACAGUCACCCCAUCCACACUUCAAAUCUGGCAUCCCGAACGGAACAACCUUACGAAACCCAACAAAGAAAUCGAAGAAAUCUGGGCAUCCAUAGCAAGUAGCUCCUCUCUUUCUCUCUCUCUCCUCCCUUCUUCCCUUGUCGAAGGGAGGACCAAAAAAUGUCGAGUACAAAUGGAACUAGUUCGACGCUCAUCCUCGUCAUUGUUGAGAGAAAGUUCCCAGUGCAGGUGGCUUUCGACAAAUGAAACAAAAAAAUUUAUGUAUGUGAGCGAUAGGAAGAGAGAGACAGAGUUGCUGGAUGUUUAUUUUUGAUACACGCUUUGUUGAGAGAUUUCUAUUGUUUCUUAUUUUCAUGAAAAUGACACCAAAAUGUUAGAGAAAAAAAGGAAAAAGAAAAAAUAUAUUAUAAAAAAAAAGAGGGUUGGUCAGGGGAAGUGCAAAGAAAACAACAACUUGCUCUCUCUUUCUCUCUCCAUUCCCUCUCUCUGUGGAUGGAAUUUUUGGGACUGAUCACACACCACAUGGAAUGUGGAAACUGGACACCAUCUCUGGACCACCUCGGCUGAUUUCGAUUCGAUUUAUAACCCAAGUGCGUCUCAGGGACGACGUUGGUCUCACACCGGAAAUGAUGAUUGUAGCCUCGGACCGCUCUCUCUCUCACCGUCUUGUCGGCCUGUAUGACCCAGUUGGUUAUCAUCAUCUACCUGUACAUAGUUUGGGCUGGACUGAUCGAACACAGGCAGGCGAUCGAUGACCGAUCAUUCGGGACUUCAUCUCGUGCUACCUCAUACGUCGAGCGUUCGUUUUUGUUUUUCAUCAAUUAAUAUGAUAGGAAGAGCACAUACACACAAGGACACACACCUCCUGCAUUACAUCACUAUGGAUGAUUACGAUGCUGCUGCUGCUGGUGCAAGUUCCUUUACCAAUGUAUCCAUUAUUAAUAGGAACAGUGAGAGAGUGGUUUGGAUCCUGUCUUUGUCUGUUGUUUUUCUACAUCUCUUUGAGCCGCCACAUGUAUCUUCACCGUACAGUUGACUGCCUUUUUUUUCUUCUUACAAUAGACUGAUGAUGAUGGUGAGCUGCUGCUGAUGAAAUAAAUUAUUGAAUUCCUCACA